AUGACCACUCUGAUCCCACGUGAGCCCUAUACCCAGGAUGAGCUUGCACGCCUCUACCCUCAAGGGCUGCAGCUGCAACUGGUGCAAGUGUUCCUUCGCCAUGGUGAGCUAUCUCCCUCACAAAAUUGUACUUCCGGAGUAUUUCUAACCGUACACAGGCGAGCGAACACCUGUCUCAUCACGUUUCACAAAUGUCUAAACCCAUACUGGCCGUAUUGCGGCGUCGCAAGGCGCAUGGUGCAGAUGGCCUCCAGCAGCAAUGAUCUCUCCGCUUGGAACGGGUUCCAAUGGCGACGCAAGAUGGAGUCAUUUGGCGCCAAUGACAAAGCAACAAUUGCCCGUGGAGCUGGCGGCGAAGCCGAGGCUAUGUGCUUGCAUGGCGAGCUCACAGAUAAAGGUCGUGAGACGACAUAUGCGCUUGGACAGCGGUUGCGCCAUCUCUACGUUGACCAGCUUGGCUUCAUGCCAGAGAUCAAGUCCGACUCUGAGGACAUGUAUCUGCGCGCGACGCCGAUCCCUCGUGCUCUGGAGUCGCUCCAGGAAGCGUUCUGGGGUAUGUACCCGGCUAGUGCGCGGACGCUUGAUUUCCCACCACCGGUGAUUGUGGCUCGCCAGGUGAACGAGGAGACUUUGUUCCCUAACGAGGGAAAUUGUAAACGUUUCCGACAGCUUGCUCGGCUUUUCGCUGACCGUGCCGCUGUGCGAUGGAAUGACUCAGAACAGAUGUCUUAUCUGAACAGUCUUUGGUCAAAGUACAUGCCCGAGGAAUCACCCAAGGUUGCAGUCGAUGCUCAUCCCCGCCUUUCUGGAAUCAUGGAUACUAUCAAUGCAACCGAUGCCCACGGGCCUGCCACUAAGCUUCCGUCUGAAUUCUAUGAUAAGAAGGGGCGUGCUGUGCUCGACCGCAUUGCGGUUGAGGAAUGGUUCGCUGGUUACGGCGAGAGCAGCGAAUACCGCAAGUUGGGCAUUGGAGCUCUCAUGGGCGACGUGGUUGAUCGCAUGGUCAGUACCGCCGUGGAGGGUGGCUGGCGCAGCGAAAGCAGUGCAUCCGGCUCCCAAAUCCCGGCAACUGGCAAGGCAAUUAAGUUUGCUAUGAGCGGCUGCCACGACACCACACUUGCAGCGAUGCUGUCCAGUGUGGGUGGCUUCCAGGACGAGUCAUGGCCUCCCUUCACUUCGUCCGUGGCCGUUGAGCUGUUCUCACAGGCCCCUCGCUCUGCCUCUCCUGCUGGAACUAUGCUCGAGGAGUUCUCUAACCCAUCUGUCGCUGCCAAGAAGCCUGGUGUGCUCGCCAAACUGUUUGGUAAGUCCGCGCCGAGCCAAUCAACCUCCGAGAGUGCGCGCGCCCCCCUCUCGUCUUUCCCAGAAGGCUCUCGCGAGUCUCUGAGCAAGCACUACGUUCGUAUUCGCUACAAUGAUCGUCCCGUCACCAUCCCAGGCUGUGCUGCUAAGCCUGAGAACCACCUGCCUGGCGAUGAGACAUUCUGCACCUUGGACGCCUUCAAGACCAUUGUUGACAAGUUCACCCCGAAAGACUGGCAAGUCGAGUGCACUCAAAACAUGGGCGCCGGCCUCCACGGCCCAGCUGAUAGUGCCAAGUCUGCCGCCGGCUUCUAG